AUGAGGAAUAAACUUACGAUAGGCCAGCGGCUGUCCUUUCAAACUGCGCUAUGCACCGUCAGAUAUGUUGGGCCGGUCGAAGGCACCGAAGGCGACUGGCUUGGUGUCGAAUGGGACGACCCUAUGCGGGGGAAACAUUCAGGGGAGCAUAAGGGAAAGCGAUAUUUCACAUGUAGUUUGAGUAAACAGCAGACUGCGGCCUCCUUUGUACGGCCUUCGCGGCCAGCAGAUCAGCCUCAGGGUUUUCUAGAAGCGCUGCGGCAGAAGUAUGCUUCAGAAUUUGAAGAGGAGCUCGCAAAAAGGAAAGCUGCAGGUCGUGAUGACGUUCAGAUGAACGAGCUGAUUGAGUUUAAUGGCAAGGUUGUAGAAGAGGUUGGCUUUGAGAAGAUUAGGAAGCAACUUUCCGAACUCCAAGAGCUCAAGAUUAUUGUCUUGGACGGCCAAUGCAUUGCGGGUGUGUUGGCACAAUACGAGGAUAAAAGUCAAUAUUUUGAAGAAUUAGGCGAAAUUCGACGGACGUGUCCGAAGAUUACGGAGUUGGAUCUCAGCCGGAACUUGCUUCAUCGCUGGCAGGAGUUGCGGGAUAUUUGUGAACAACUAAAACGAUUAAGGAUAUUGAAACUCAAUGGUAAUCGAUUCGAAAAUGUCCAGUCCGGCCUUAUAUUCGAGAGAGUGUCUCAGUUACAUUUAGAUCAAACGUUGAUGUCCUGGGAGGAGGUGUCGUUAUUGACAAUGCAAUUUCCGGACCUCGCAUCUCUCACUGCCUCCCUAAAUCACAUAUCAACGAUUUCGUCCCCUCUGCCAAUGAAUUUGCGUAAUUUGACUCUCGAGGACAACGAAAUAACUACGCUCGCCUCCCUAGAGCUCCUAACUAGACUUCCGAAUCUCGAGAGACUCUCACUUCGCGGGAAUAGCAUAGACACAACCGGGAUAUCUCAACCUGGCACUAGCAAGGAUACCAAUCCCUUUCAGUUCUCGAAGACCUUGAAGUUCCUAGAUGUUUCUCGCAACCGCAUCGAUUCCUGGCCCUUCGUGGAUGCCCUGUCCAAAUUUUUUCCUGGCCUUGAAUCAUUACGGAUUUCAGGAAACCCCUUGUACGACAAACCUGUUGCACCUGCAAACAUUACAGGAUUGGCUGAAAAGCCCAUGACUGCGGAUGAAGCCUUCAUGCUAACGUUAUCCCGGUUAGAGAACCUCAAGUUUCUCAACUACAGCAAGAUAUCUGAGCAGGAACGGACCAAUGGCGAUUUGUACUAUCUCUCAUUGAUCGGGAAAGAAUUGUCUGCAUUCCCGGCUUCAGAAGAGAAACGGAUCCUAGCUACACAUCCUAGAUAUUCUAGAUUAUGCGAGAUAUAUGGCGAUCCCACUGUCAAACGACAUACAGAUACAUUUCAAGGAAAAAGCAUAAAGCCAGGAUCGGUUGCCGCUCGACUCGUUAACUUCAAGUUCUACCAACCGUCGCCAUCAGCCCCAGAGAACACUCCCGAUCCUGGCAAAGAGCAAGAAAAAACAUACCCCAUUCCAAGAACAUUUGAUAUCUACAAAAUCAAAAACAUUGUAGCUCGCCUGUUUUCUCUUGCACCAUUGCGAUUCCGUCUCAUCUGGGAGACGGAUGAGUGGGACCCUGUCGAGGAAUUCAACGUUGGCGGUGAGGAGUGGGAUAGCGAAGACGAAGAAAAUGAAAACAACGGCUCGCAGGAUCCCAAGAAUCAGGGCAAUCAAGUCAGCUCGAAGCCUACUGUUACAAACCCGGAUGGCAGCAGGUUUGUCAGGAGAGAAGUCGAGCUCAUUGACUCGACCAGGCAGGUCGGAUUCUGGUUUGACGAGAAUACGCGCGAGGUCAGAGUGCGUAUUGAACCGUUCUAG